AAAGACCUUCAUCUUUUCAACUCUCAUCAGCGUAAAACACUCAUUCAAAAACAAAAUCUAUCUGUUCAACUGAAAACCAAACUCAUUAGAAAUGAAGUUCUCUAUUUUCCUUUCCAUCCUGCCCUUCCUGAUUGGCGCCAUUGCCCUCCCAGCCGAGAAGAAGACUAGUAAAGGUUUCAGUGUUGUCGCCAUCAACCCUGAAUCUCCUGUUCACAACCUGAAAUUGGACGCUUCUUCCACCUAUCUGUACCUAAACGGUGAGACCACCGUCUGGUGUCCCCCCCAAGUGGGUAAGGCUAGCGAUUGCCCUGGUGGCAACACCACUGUCCGAGAUACCCCUGUCUUAGCAUCUGCAAACUACAUGUCCGCCAAGAUACCCGGUGGUGAACACAUCUACGUUGACCCCAAUGGUCACGUCAGAUACACUGGGGGCAGCGACAGCAAUAUGGAACCCGGCUCCUCUACGAAUGGCUUUUCGCAGGUCGAGAGUGAGUGGAAGUACAAGGCAAAUGGCGCGAAUGGCUUCCUAGCCUGCCCUUUCCGUGGUGGAAAUGAUAUCUGGGAAGUGUUUGUUAACGCUAAGAACAUUACCACCUACCAGGGUGUGGAUGCAUGCCAUCCUUUCAAAGCCCAGACUACGCCCUGGCAGUCUUCUGACGGUCGCACAUUUGCUGUUUGGUCGUACACUUAAGGAGGAUUUGUUGUUGGAGACGAAGUGGAUUCGGUUGAAUCCUAUUGGGUGGUGAACAGGGUGUUAUAUAUAUUCACAUUGGCACCUGUUUGGGUUGCUUUGAUCACAUGGCCUUAUUAUAUUCCAUCAAUAUAUAUAAAAGAUAGUUUGUAAAUUAAAUUUUCUACAAAUGAGCUCGCUC